AUGCGACUGUUUCAACAUGUGAUACACGGAGUGAAUCAGAAUUUUGUCAACAUAAGCUUCUUUGAGAAGGAAAACGAACUGCCUGGCAAGGUUGUCUGGGUGACAGGAGCUUCAAGUGGAAUUGGAGAGGAAUUGGCUUACCAGCUAGCAAAGACAGGAGCUUUGCUUGCCAUCUCAGCGAGAAGAGAGGAUGAGCUGGAAAGAGUGAAAAAGAAAUGCCUUGAGAUCAGCAACUUGGUCGAAAAAGAUAUUCUUGUUCUGCGUCUUGACUUGACUGAUAGACGCUCUCAUGAAGCUGCAACCAACAGUGUUCUUAAGCAUUUUGGCAAGAUUGACGUUUUGGUCAACAAUGGUGGACGUUCCCAACGCUCUCUGUUUGUGGAUACAAACCUGGAUGUUUUCAGUGCCAUAAUGGAACUUAACUACCUAGGUACAAUCUCUUUAACAAAAUAUGUCCUGAAUCACAUGAUCCAAAGGAAAAAAGGAAAGAUUGUUACUGUGAGCAGUGUGAUGGGUAUCAUGGGAGCUCCUCUUGCCUCUGGGUACUGUGCCAGCAAGCAUGCUCUGCAGGGUUUUUUUAAUUCUCUUCGGACUGAGCUCACUGACUACCCUGAGAUAAGUAUUAUAAACAUCUGCCCAGGACCUGUCCAGUCUAAGAUUAUACAAAAUGUCUUUACGGAGGAUCUCGCAAAGUCCCUGGAGAAGAGCGGGGGAAAGAUGCCAACCGAUCGCUGUGUCCGGCUCACCCUGGUUAGCACUGUCAAUGAUCUGAAGGAAGCGUGGAUCAGCGACCAACCCUAUCUGGCAGUGUGCUACCUCUGGCAGUAUGCACCCACGUGGGCUUGGUGGCUGAUGAACAAGAUGGGCAAGAGGAGAAUCCAAAACUUUAAGAGUGGAGUGGAUGCUGAUGCCUCUUACUCAAGAAAGAAUAAGUAAGAACAGACCUGUACAAAAUCCUGCUAUCCUGGUGUUAAGGCUGAGAGUAACUUUUUUUUUUAAAUUGCGUGACUGCAAACAAAAACUUCGCUUUUUUUAAUCUGUUGUACUUUUGUCAUCAUGUAACUUGACAAAUAUAUCAAGCUGCAGACACACUUAACUGAAUAAAAAUCUGUUUCUAAACAUA